AUGGCUCCAAGGGUUACUGCUCAACCGUCUCUUGACGCUGUGAAGGAUGUCCUGGCGCAGUCAAGGGGGUCCGCGAACCCGCCGAACAUGGUCCCGGUGACGGCGUCGAUACCUGCAGACCUUCUGACUCCCACAGUCGCAUACCUUAAGAUCUCAGCAGACUCGAAACGGUCAUUCCUUUACGAGAGUGCGGCGACGACAGAGACGAUCGGCAGAUACAGCUUCGUUGGAGCGGACCCCAAGGAUGUGCUUGUAUCUGGACCUGGUCAUGGGCCGGAAUGUGACCCUCUACCGCUGCUUGAGAAGGAAAUCUCUCAGUGCCGUGUUGCGACUGUUCCUGGACUGAAGCUGCCACCGCUUACCGGAGGAGCGAUUGGAUACGUUGGAUACGACUGCGUGAGGUACUUUGAACCCAAGACUGCACGCCCCAUGAAGGAUAUACUAGGCAUACCCGAGUCGCUAUUUAUGCUGUUCGACACUAUCGUUGCAUUUGACCACUUCUUCCAGGUUAUCAAAGUGAUAACGUAUCUCCGUGUACCAGAGGACGACACAGAAAUAGAGAGAUCCUACGGGGAAGCCGAGCUGGUACUCCAGAAGAUGAUUCAAAAACUGCUAGAUCCCAAGGUGCCCAUGCCUCCACAGCCUCCGAUCAAGCCUGACCAGGUUUACACUUCGAACAUCGGCCAGGCAGGGUACGAAGGCCACGUCCACAGACUAAAGGAGCACAUUGGGAAAGGUGACAUCUUCCAAACUGUGCCAUCUCAGCGACUUACACGGCCUACCACUCUUCAUCCAUUUAACCUGUUCAGACACCUGAGAUCUGUGAACCCGUCUCCAUACCUAUUUUACAUCGACUGCGCCGACUUCCAGAUUGUCGGUGCCAGUCCCGAACUGCUGGUCAAGAAGGAAGCAGACAGAAUCAUCACCCACCCCAUUGCUGGCACUGUUCCAAGAGGCAAAACCCCCGAGGAAGACGAGAGCCUUGCGGAAGAGCUGCGCAACAGCCUAAAGGACCGUGCUGAGCAUGUCAUGCUAGUCGACCUGGCCAGGAACGACGUCAACCGUGUCUGCGACCCAGCAACCACCCAGGUCGACCGGCUGAUGGUCGUCGAGAAGUUCUCCCACGUCCAGCACCUGGUCUCUCAGGUCUCCGGUGUCCUGCGGCCAGAGAAGACCAGAUUCGACGCAUUCCGGUCUAUAUUCCCAGCUGGCACGGUCAGCGGCGCACCCAAGGUACGAGCCAUGCAGCUGAUCGCCGAGCUGGAGGGUGAGAAACGUGGUGUCUAUGCUGGAGCUGUCGGGUACUUUGGAUACAACCGCAGCAGCCUAGACGGAAAGGAGAUUAUCGACGGUGCCAUGGACACCUGCAUUGCGCUGCGGACGAUGGUUCUGAAGGACAGCGUUGCCUAUCUCCAGGCCGGCGGCGGCAUCGUCUUUGACUCUGAUCCUUAUGAUGAGUAUGUCGAGACCCUAAACAAGCUGGGCGCAAACGUCCAGUGUAUAAAGGGGGCAGAGGAGCUGUAUCUCGCCCUGGAGAAGGAGUCCGCAGGUAAAUAG